CUCACUCUAUAUAUCACACUCCAGUAUUUAAUAGCUCACCUGACUUAGUUUUUUGCACCUCUAUAUCUUUCUGUAUUUUCUUGCUCUCUGAUACUUCGCCUGUAUGCUAUUAUUCAUGUCUUCCAUGACUUUUACAUGGAUUUCGUCUUUUUUUUUUCUUUUACUAGCUUAUAUUAUCCAUGCCUACAAAUCCAAAUCCAAUCACAAACAUAAACCCUUACCUCCUGGUCCAAAAGGCUUACCAAUUUUAGGUAACCUUCUCAUGAUAGGUGAAUUUCCUCACCGAGAUCUUCAUCAUUUAUCAACCCAAUAUGGUCCCAUAUUCUACAUACGUCUGGGUUUCAUUCCAACCAUUGUUGUUUCUACCCCUCAAACUGCCGAGCUUUUCCUUAAAACUCAUGAUCUUAGUUUUGCUGGUAGACCCUUUAGUUUAGCAUCUAGAUAUAUUUCAUACGACCAAAAAAACUUAACCUUUGCCACAUACGGUCCAUAUUGGCGUAAUAUUCGAAAAUUAUGUACUUUAAAACUACUUAGUAGCAAGAAAGUUGAGUCAUUUAGAUCCAUGCGAAGUACUGAAUUAGGAUUAUUGGUGACAUCUCUCAAACAUGCCGCAACUGAGUGUGAAAUAGUAAAUGUUAGUAACAGGGUCUUAUCUCUCAGUACCGAUAUGUCGUGUUUAAUGGUAUUUGGAAACAAGUCAAUGAAAAGUAGUGAUGAUCAUAAAGGAUUCCAAGAUGUGGUUCAUGAGGGAAUGAAACUUGGGGCAAUUUUUAAUAUCGCCGACUAUAUUCCUUAUAUUGGUUUGCUUGAUGUUCAAGGGCUAGGGAAACGGAUGAAAGAGGUUAGUAAAGUUUUCGAUGAAUUGUUCGAGAUGAUUAUCGACGAACACGUCAAAGUAUUCGAUAAGGAUAAUCAGAAGGAUUUUGUCGACGUUAUGUUGGCUUUUAUGGAUGAAAAAGAUGCCGACUUCUUUAUCGAUCGCUCCAAUAUCAAAGCGAUCAUACUUGACAUGAUGAUAGGUUCUAUGGAUACUUCAUCAACGGCGGUCGAGUGGACAAUAUCCGCACUAUUGAAGAAUCCAAGAGUGAUGAAGAAAGUGCAAGAAGAGUUGGAAAGAGUCAUUGGUUUAGACCGACUUGUAGAAGAAUCGGAUUUACCAAACUUGGAAUACUUGGAUAUGGUUAUCAAAGAAAGCAUGAGACUCUAUCCAGUUGCACCACUACUAGUUCCUCAUGAAGCAAUGGAAGACACCAUUGUCAAUGGUUUCUUCAUACCAAAAACUUCUCGGAUAAUAAUAAACAGUUGGGCAAUUGGACGUGACCCGAAUUCAUGGACAGAUCCUGGAGAGUUUAUCCCCGAAAGAUAUAUUGAGAACAACAUUGAUCUCCGGGGACAAGAUUUUCAACUCCUCCCGUUCGGAUCAGGUAGGCGAGGUUGCCCCGGAAUUCAACUGGGUCUCCUAGCGGUUCGAUUGAUCGUUGCUCAGCUGGUUCACUGUUUUGAUUGGGAACUUCCAAAUGGCAUGUUACCUGAUGAUUUGGAUAUGACAGAAGAGUUUGGUCUCUCAAUGCCAAGAGCUAAAAAUCUACUUGCUAUUCCAAAAUAUCGUCUUCGCAAUUAAAUUGCGCUGCACAUUUUAACCAUCGAUUACUAUUUAGUGAUUCCAAAAUGUUAAGUCUUCACAAGAGAUAAACAUCACCACUGUCGGUUAAUGUUGUGUAACUUUCUCUGCCAUUAUGCGCAUUAUAACAUAUAGUACAUGUAAGAAUUUGGAGUCUUCAGUCUUGGAUUAUACACUUGAUUGUAUAUUUUGUGUCCCUUAUCUUUUGCCCAAAAGCUGAUUUGGCAGAAGAUAUAUCAUUCAACAAAAAUUGAAUAAGAAAAAUGUGGCUAAAGAUAGGGAAGUCGGUCACAAAUUGGCCAUACUCGUCGACCCCAUGAUGCGUACUGAUACU